CCGCGGCGGCACCACUAGUGGUGCGGCGGGCUCCGCUGGGCGGAGGAGCCCUGAACGGUCACCAGUCCCUUUUUACAGCCUCUUUGCAUCUCGGAUUUCGGGGCGGCCCCUCCCCCACCUCUCCCUGCCUCUUUGCACCCCGCUUUUUUCUGCAUUUCGCUCGGUUUUGUGGCCUCCCGUUUUUGUACCCCUUUUCGUUUUGCUUCUGGGAGGUUUGGGGGUUGAAGCUGCAUUUGCACUCCUUUCCCUUGUUAUCCUCCCCUGCUCUGACAGUCCCCCUUUUCAUCGCAGUCGGGGGGCCUAGGAUCGGUGCAUACUCCGCCGCGCUGCCGGUACCCCACAGCGCGUGGCCGUGCACCCCGGAAUUUGCAGCAGCUGCAUAUCUGAGGGGGUCCCCCUCGACCCCGCCGCCUUUGCUCCUCGCGCGUUCAGCGCGCGGCGCCCCUGCUUCUCCGCAGCCCCUCGCCCCGCGCCGCCAAGAUGGUCAUCCAGAAAGAGAAGAAGAGCUGUGGGCAGGUGGUUGAGGAGUGGAAGGAGUUCGUGUGGAACCCGAGGACGCACCAGUUCAUGGGCCGCACCGGGACCAGCUGGGCCUUUAUCCUCCUCUUCUACCUCGUCUUUUAUGGCUUCCUCACAGCCAUGUUCACCCUCACCAUGUGGGUGAUGUUGCAGACUGUCUCUGACCAUACUCCCAAGUACCAGGACCGACUGGCCACACCGGGUUUGAUGAUUCGCCCCAAGACUGAGAACCUUGAUGUCAUUGUCAACGUCAGUGACACUGAAAGCUGGGACCAGCAUGUUCAGAAGCUCAACAAGUUCUUGGAGCCUUACAACGACUCCAUCCAGGCCCAAAAGAAUGAUGUCUGCCGUCCUGGGCGCUAUUACGAACAGCCAGAUAAUGGAGUUCUCAACUACCCGAAACGUGCCUGCCAAUUCAACCGGACCCAGCUGGGUGACUGCUCCGGCAUCGGAGACCCCACCCACUAUGGUUACAGCACUGGGCAGCCCUGUGUCUUCAUCAAGAUGAACCGGGUCAUCAACUUCUAUGCAGGAGCAAACCAGAGCAUGAAUGUUACCUGUGCUGGGAAGAGAGAUGAGGACGCAGAGAAUCUGGGCAACUUUGUCAUGUUCCCGGCCAAUGGCAACAUCGACCUCAUGUACUUCCCCUACUACGGCAAAAAGUUCCAUGUGAACUACACGCAGCCCCUGGUGGCCGUGAAGUUCCUGAAUGUGACCCCCAACGUGGAGGUGAACGUGGAAUGCCGCAUCAACGCUGCCAACAUCGCCACGGAUGAUGAGCGAGACAAGUUCGCCGGCCGUGUGGCCUUCAAACUCCGCAUCAACAAAACCUGAGGCCCCUUCCUCCCGCCCCCACCUCUCCUGUGGAUGCUUCUGGAAUGUCCCUGACCUUGCCUGAUCUCUCCCUCACCCACCCCAAAGGUAUUUUUUACUACAGACCUAUGACUUGUCUGAGCCUCACGCCCUUUUCCUUGACUUCACCCAGCCUGAUUUCCACCGUGGUUCCUUGGCUACACGCCUUCCCCCCAUCUCCUCCCAGUCCUAGCUCAGAGAUGGGGAGAUGGGCUACCCAGGUGGCCACAGAGAAGCUAAGAGCCUUUCUAGUUCUGGUUUGGCAGUGAGUGGGAUGUCUUCAUGACUACCCAUCUCUCCUGCCCUCCCGUCCUCUGAGCUAUAAAAAAUGCCCACCAAUCCCCCGCCUACACACACACUGUGCACGCGUGCGUGUGCACACACGCACCCCUCGUUC